UCCUUCUGUAUGCUAGUGCACUGAUUUGCUGCUGCGCGCACAUUUUGUAACCACCCUUCUGUAUGUUUUACUUGAUGCAGGAACAACAUAGGUACGAUGAAUGAAAACCAAAUUGUUGUUAGGCAUGAAUCAGAAGGUGGCAAGACUCCCACAACGGGUGACGAAUCACAAGAUGUUAGUACGAUUACAAAGACCAUUAAAGGCCGUGGUCCGUCAAAAGGUGUUAAAGUCGCUAAGCCUAUGUUCCUUGAGUAUAAUGUAUAUAAUGUCCCCGAUGGACAAUGGUCUCAUGAAUACGGGAAGCAAGUUGGGAGUUGUGCUACUAGAAUUAAUAUUAACGUCCCAUUAUAUCCAAAGGUAGAUGAGCAAAUCAAGAAGGGGUUUUGGGAGGAGACUAAGCUUAUGUUCCACAUUACUGAUGAUUCUAAUCAUUCGAGGGAGAAAUAUUUUCAUUCUUGUGUGGCGAAACGAUUUAGUUGUUUCAAGAGCAAGUUGGUGCGCCGAUGGAUAACUAUGAAGGAAAAGAAGCCAAAAAAUCAAACAAACAAGAUGCCUUGGGAUGUCUACAACCAUAUCACAGAGGAUGAUUGGAAGACUUUUGUUAAACAUUAUUUCCUGCCAGAGUCAUUGCUUCGUAGUGAAAAGGCGAGGAAAAGUGCAUCAUGCAACAAGAACCCACAUCGCACCGGCCAAAAGGGUUAUAAUAGAAAGCGACUAGAUUGGAUAAAGGAUCGAUGGACGACUUCCACCAGAUGCAGCUUUACCUAUCUCGAGUAGCUCCUCGGUGAACUCAUCAGUGACCUCAAAUGUUAAUAGAGUUAGAAAAUACAGAUCAAAGGAGUGGAUUUUGGCCCAUCAAGUACAAAAUAAAGAGGGAAAGUGGGAAAUUGACCCGAACAAUAGAGAAGUUGUUGAAAUCGCAACAAAAGCUUUAGAGUACAUCGCAGAAGAGGAAAAAGGAAAUCUUUCUUUCGAACAGGGUGAGGAUGCCCUCACUAAAGCUAUAGGGAAAAAAGAUCAUCGUGGGCGUGUCAAGGGAACAGGUGGCAUGGUUGGUAUCAAAAAGGCUUUCGGUCCGUGUAUUCGACAUAGUAGAAGUGACCAUGGUGAAGCUUCAUCAGAAAAUUACGAAUCAAUCAGAGCUUCUGUGAAAAAGGAGUUUGAAGGUGAAUUAGAGAAAAGGGUAGAGAAAAGGGUGGCAGAGUCCCUCCAAAAGCAACUAAGCACCUUGUUAAAAACAGGACAACUAAACUCCAUUUCUACCCCGAUACUUCAUGACCUCCACUUAAAUGAUUCUGCCAGAGUUGACCUUGAUGUUAGUGCUACAAGAACCACUCGUCACAUCUUAGUGCCGCAACCACGCGAGCUAAAGGAAAGGACUCCAUGUCGUCUUGCCCUUGAGGAUAAAGUUUCAGGCAACAACAUUGUCGUGGCGGAUGGUAUGGUACAACCCUCAGAUGGUGCAUUGCCCCAACAUUUUACAUCGAUGAAGCCUGGUCACUAUAAAGUCCAAGUUGAUUUUGUUUACGACGGACAUGUUGAUGAUAUUCUUCCGGUACCUACGGGAGAUGGUUUCACUAACUUAGGCGGUGCUCUGGGUAGUUUUGUGCAAUGGCCCAUACACUUAGUGAUUUUCGAAGACGGCGAGGAUUGUACUUCACCUCCUAAAAAGAAGUCCAAGUCUAAUGUUUCUAAAGAGAGGGAUGGUAGCUCCAACAAAAAGACAACGGUAUUAGCGGCCCAAAAGAAGACAACAGACUUAGCAUCCAAGGUAAACCCUCUAAAACUCAUUCGAACCUAA